CCUGCCCUGAGCCAGCUAGCAUGAGCUUCGCGAAGCAUACAUCCCCGCAGUGAGAUGGGCGCGCGCAAAUGCAGCCAUCGCUUGCGGUAAAGCGCCAUGACGUAUUGGCCUAUCUCGUCGCCCUCCGUCUUCGCGGCUACUAAACGUACGGAUCUAGGGCGCUCUCGUGUCUCCAGCGAUGGCGUGGAGCGCAAGCAAUUAGGCGACCAAGACGCCGGGCCAGACAAUGGCUCGGCGGCUCAUUCAGAGAAAGAGAAGGCUGCAAAGGAGACGCGUGGAGUGGAAGAAAAUGGAAAUGACCAGCUGUCGCGGGCGGCGGCUCGCGGUCAGCAGGUGGAGGAUGACAUUCAUGGAACCAUCGUUGCUGUGCGGGUGACUAGGAACGGUCACUUGUUCGCAACCCUCACCAGAACAACUCUUACAGUCUGGCAGACAAAGCCUACUGUUGUUUUGGCCUCCGUACUCCGCUCAGAACAAUCCGUCAGAACAUAUGGCCCGAAUAUCGAUGUCCUUCUUCGCCCUGACUCCCAGAUAUUCGUCGUACAAACCUCGCUCGGCUUCCUCAUCACAUACUCGCUCGCGACAGACCCUACGUCACGCCUCUACAAGACCCAAUUCACCAAUACACACGGAGCACAUGCCAGAAAAAGCAGUGCCGUCACUGGCUUCAAAAUACAACGGCAGCACGAUGUCAAUGCGGGGCCGGGAGAAGGCAGUGGCCUGCGGGAGCUCAGCCUACGCUUCCGCAUGGUGAUACGGGUCGAUGCUGGAAUCAUACGGGCGCUGGCUCUAGACGACGAAUUGAUUGUUGCCACGGAGAAGCCUGCCACUGUGCAAUGCAUCCGAUGGGCGCCAGACAGCUCUGGAGGUCAAACAACGACCGAGUUGUUAUCUAAGAUGGCGUGGAUUGGAAAGAAGACAACACUACGUGACAUGGUUCAUGACCGGCCCAUGAAUCUAUCAUGUUGGAUUACCAGCGAUGGACGAGCAUUUGCUGUUCAAAAGAUUGCCAAAAAAGACAGUGUAGAUGCCGCCAUCUUUCGCGGCCACGGCUUCCACACGCCCGAGGCCGAUGCUGACAAGGGCAUCAAAGCUGCAAUCAAUGCGAGGUUCUCUCUGCUGGCAGUCGGCUGCGGCAGUGGCGAGAUCUAUGUGUAUACUGCGCGAGACUACACGGGCAACAUUCCUCUUUCGCACAAGCUGCGUCCAAACACCACGUCGCCUGGGCAAUUGACUACACUGACGUACUCGCCCGACGGGUACUGCUUGUUCGCUGGGUACGAGAAUGGUUGGGCCAUGUGGAGUGUGUACGGCAAACCUGGAGCCACCAGCUUUAGCGCAGACAGGAAGCUUUCCGAGGCGAACAAAGAGGGAUGGCUUCUUAGCAUCAAAGAGGCCUUUUGGAUUGGUGGCGGCGCCGAGCUCUUGAUGUUGAGUAACAACGACAACCGUCUCUAUACGAUGGAGAUGGCCCGGAGCGCCGUCACUGGCUGCUUCUUGUCGGCCAACAUAUCGCGUUCUUUGAUGCAAACAAGCACCGGCUUCAUGAUCUACCGUGGUUACGACCUUCCAGAUUUGACAACUAUAUCCGCCGAUGUCCCGCUCUGGCACCAUGUGCAGGUUCCUUCGGCCUACCUCGUCGACCAGUGGCCAAUUAAAAGUGCAGUCAUCUCGAACGACGGCCGAUACGUCGCAGUGGCGGGGAAAAGAGGGCUCGCGCAUUACAGCGUUAAUAGCGGACGUUGGAAAAUGUUUGACGACCCUUUCGGCGAAAACGAGUUCACUGUUCGAGGAGGCAUGUGCUGGUUUCAGCAUGUUCUAAUUGCAGCAGUCGAGUGUCACGAAUCCCACGAGGUUCGGGUGUACUCACGAGAGACGGCACUCGACAGAAGCCGCAUCAUGCACGUGCAGAGGCUGCCCGCACCAAUAGUACUGAUUUCUCCGUCAGGAGAGGACUCGCUUCUAGUCUAUACGUAUGAAAACGUGCUGCACCACUAUGUAAUUAGUGUUGCGGACGCCAGUGUCAAACUAGUUCAAGUUGGCCACAUUGCCCUAAACGGUAUCAUUCGCGCGCCACCACGCGUGCGAGCACUCAGCUGGAUUCUGCCCGAAGACCAAAUGCACAAUGGAGACCCAUCGCAAGACGUGUCGGUUGCCACGAUACUAUUCCUCGUGGACGGCAAGCUUGUAUUGCUACAACCCACGACGACGGAAAGCGGUGAACUCAAAUACGAGAUGCGUAUUAUUGCGCAAAACGUAGAGACGUAUGCUCUGAUGCGCGACCACCCUGCUUUCGCACUGGACAUGCAGCCCGACUCGUUGCCGCCCAGCCCCUCUGUAGGGCUGACUAUGGAGGGCGUGCACGGGCAUGAUUUGCGCGAUUCACUGUGGUUUUUUGAUGGCCAAGAUAUGCGAGUAUGGAUCGAUAUGCAAGACGUGCUGGCUUCGGCGUCUCCUGAGAUUGGCAGGGAGCUGCCCACAGCUGUGCAAAUCCCCGUCGACUUUUACCCUCUGUCAGCAUUGAUUAACAAGGCGAUUAUAUUUGGGGUUGAGUCUGAAUUGAUCCAGCGCAGGGAUACCAAUUUUGCGUUUCUGCGCUUUGGAGCAAGGACGCACCUCUUCCUUCCCGCACUGCUGCGCUCCCAUUUGGCCCAGUUCAACCACCCGGCGGCUCUCCAUCUCAGCCAUCAUUACCAGCACCUGCAGUACUUUGCCCAUGCUCUGGAAAUCUUAUUGCAUGAAGUAUUGGACGAGGAAGUCGACACGCAGCCGCCGCCUGAACAAGCCCUCCUGCCGAGCGUGCUCUCGUUUCUGAGUUCAUUUCCUCAGUAUCUCGACAUUGUGGUGCAGUGCACUCGCAAGACAGAAGUGCGGUCGUGGAGAACACUGUUUUCGAAUCUGCCGCCGCCUGAAGAGCUGUUUGAGGAAUCGCUGCAGAAAGGAAACCUCAAGACUGCGGGUGGCUAUCUGCUUGUUCUGCACACGUUUGAGGAGCUGCGAGCCACAGGCGACCAGGUAGUGCGCUUACUGCAGCGGGCCAAAGAAGAAGGUGAUUGGGAGCUAUGUAAAGAACUAGCGCGGUUUCUCAUGGCCCUGGAUGAGUCUGGUGCAACGCUCCGGAGCACGUUGGAGCUUGUGGAGCUGAAGACGCCGUCAGCAGAGUCCAGCUUGGGCCAGUCCCAUUUCACGUUUGAAUCUACGCGGCUCAGCGUGCCUUCGAGGGGGCGCAUCAACGGCCAUGGAGCACUAGGGGAGCCAGGGGGCGACGCUGGGGCCGACGGUGCCAGUCGAACGUCCGGAGACAGCGACGAUAUCAGCCCUGGAGCUGGAGGGGGUAGUGCGCGGGAGGGGAUCGGGGCUGGGCAGACAGCUCCCAGGGACUAUUUCGGGCUUGGGAUGAGCUAGUAGUAAUGGCGGCAGGGCGCUUUGUAGACAUAUGGAUUGAUGCACGGAUAACACGUCCAAGUGAGCCAAAGAUUGAUUGCUGCCGGGGUUGCAUUAGCAGACACAGGCCGUUUGAUCUUCGGAAUCCACAGGCCUACAUCCGUGGGGCCCAAGGUCGCUGUGGGCUCGUGGGCAUGCC